GACACCUCUACAUUGCCCGAACUUUCCGCCGUAAAGGUAAACAAAUUUGCCAAAACAACAAACUGGCAGUUUCAACCUUCACUGUUUGGCAUGAAAUGAGGUAUCAGGAGGUCGAUUGGGCCUGAUCACUUGAAGCCAUCAGCCAUGGAGGAUUUCAGCAGCAUUAAGCCCAACAGCUCGGUGGUCAAGCUGGCCGCCUGCCUGGAGAAGGUAUACAACAAAAUCGUCGAGAGCCGGGAAAAGCAGGUCGCCGAACAUCAAAUCAAAGAAAUUGACUUUCUUAAGACCCAAUGCAAGCACGAGCACAUGCAACUGAGCCUGAUGAGCUGUCAGACGCUGGUGCGGCUCGUUGACGAGGGUGUGCUGGAUGCCAACAGUGUGCAGAACACACUCCUCUCCAUGCUGGGCAAUGCCGGCCCGAUGCACUUUGCCAUCAUCACGGAGAGCGUAGUGGGCCUACAGCUGCUCAGACUGAAGCAGAAGACAUCGCUGCUGAAGGAGCCGGAGACGUAUCAGUGCUCGUAUGGCCUCAAGACCCAACAGCAUCCCCUCAUAUCGCUGCUGCAGCACUCCAGCGUCAAUAUGAACGAUGUGAGCAACAAGAUCAUCGGCAUUUGCCAGCACCACGACAAGAGCAUACGCAAUCACAGCGUAGAGUAUCUGCGUCCCGUGUUCCUCUAUGUGCUGUGCAAUCCGCAGACGCUGCACGAUGUCAAACCGAUCUGGACUUGCCUGCUCGGCCUGAGUAAGAGCCAGCCAGAGGCCCUUGCCCUGAUGCGGGAGCUGUUGUCGUGGAGCAAGUUCAACAACGCCAGCACCUGCCUGUCCACCAGCAUCCUGGUGAUCGAAGCCAUCGAUUACUUCCUGCAGCAGUCAGAUCACGCCCAGUCCAUCGAUCUGUGCAUCUACCAGGCUUGCCUGAUCAAACAGCUGGCAAAUUACGGCAUUGAUCCUCGGCCCAGUCUGCUGUGCUUGCAACGCGCAUUGCAUGCGACGCGUGAGCAUACCCGGGACCACUACCAUGUGCUCCUGGUCCUGCUGGCGGAAGUGCUGCACGUCUUGUCCCCCUUCUACCUUGUCGACUUGCUGCGCAUCAUUGUGUUCGUGGUCGUGCAGGAGCGCAGUGGCCAUGAAUACAUUCUGAACAUGUGCCUGGAUGGCAUCAUUCAGUGGAUGUCUCAGACUGCAUUCAUACCCGCCGAAGGGCUGGCCCUGGCCAACCAAAUAGUACAGCGUGUGCUCGACCUCCAGCAGUCGGAUGAGGGCGAGCGGAUAUCCACCAGGCAGCUGCAGCCGGCCCACAUGCGCAACUAUCAUCCGGACAUAGCGAUUGCCUUUGAUCUGGCCAAUCUUGUGGAGUCUUUCGAUGCCUCCGAGAACCAGGAUGUCUUCGCCUUUGUCGACGCCCUCAAUGUCAAGGCCAACACGGCCUUCUGUCAGCGCCUGCAUCUGUUCCUGCGCGCCCUCUUCCUCUCCCGACAGCCGCCCGUUGACUGCUGGUUCAAGAUCUACGAAGUGCUCCUGCAGACCAUUAAGGUGAACGAGGGCAUCGCCUACGACUUCCUCAUGACCUACAUAUUCAAGCUAGCCCACGAGAACAAUCCCGAGCUGCAACUGGAGCUGCUGCGAGGCCUGCCCCACUUUGCCGUGUCCAAGGACAACGUGCCCAUGAUUCUGAACACCAUUCGAAAUCUGUCCACCGAGAAUGGCACCUUCUGUGUGGAUCUGUAUCUGCGUCUGUGGCGCGUGGAGACGCGCACCUAUCCCUUCCUGCUGAAGCAAGUUUCCCAGCCGCUGCCGGAGGGGGAUAAGCGCUGGGAGCUGCAAGUGGCCCGAACCCACGCCAUGCGCGAAAUCUGCCAGGAAAAGCCAACUUUGCAUGGCUCAGAGCUGCUGCCUCACCUCAGCAAUACCCUAAACAGCUGCACCGAUGAAUCGGGCGAUCUGGCUACAUCCCUGGCCUUGGAUGCCCUCUAUGCCCUGUGCGACAGCCACACGGUCAAUAUAGCAUCCACGUGGCAUGCUCUGGGUAGCAAGUUCCGCGGCGAACAGCGUCCGCAGACUCUUAAGUCGCUGUACCAUUUCUUUGGCUUAGUUCCGCUGCUGCAGACACCCACGCUGGAGUACGAGAAGCUUGCGGAUGAUGCCCUGGAGCAGCUGUGGCAGGCCAUCAGUCGUCCGGGCACAGACGCAGCACAGAUUCGCAAUGCUCUGGCAGCGUUAAAGAGCUACGAGCCAGGAACGACGCUCAAUCUGCGGCACAUUCCGGCUCAGUUUCGUUUUGAGAUUGUCGGCGGUGCACUGGGAGGCGGACCUAGUGGCCGAGAGGUGGUGGAUCUGCAGGAGGAGACUGUGCCCGGCGAGGUGUGGGUGCAGCUGCUCCAGAAGAUUCGCCCGGAAUGCGGAGAUGCGGCAGCAGAUCUGAUUGCGCACCACAUAGGCAACGAUAUAAACGGCUUCCGCAGCGGAGUCUACCGCCUGCCCGAGGGCAAGCCAGAGCCGCGCAAGCUGGUCGGCUUGUUCGCGACAAGUCCGCUCCGUGCCGUUACUAACUACAUGGUGGGCCAGGCCCGUUUCGGGGACUACGUGUCAGAGCCCUAUGCAGUGACUUUUGCCCUCAGGGCGUUGUCCAAGAAGUUUCCCAAGCCCAUACCACCGCUCGACUGGAGCUGCCUGACGAGCUUCUUCCACCUAUCGUUCGAUGCGCGCAAGUACUGCAUCAUGAUAGCCAAGAAUCAGGCAUCGAGCUCUGGCACAGCGAAGCGCUUGCUGGAGAAUUUUCUUGUGGACUUCGAGCCCAAUUGCUUUGAGGAGGAUCUGCUGUUGCUGUUCUCCCUGCUGCCGGAGAUUGCCAGUAGCGUGAGCCUGCAGAUAAUCAAGAACUUUGCCGAAAAGGUGGCUGUCUAUUGCUUCAAGGAGUCACAGCUAAACGACUUUGCCGAGGGCUGCCUCUUUGAAAAGUUUCUGGACAGCGUCAAGUACAUAUUCACGGGAAAGUGCGACAUACCCGAGGUGCUGGAUGUGUUCACGCUGAUUGUGGAGCGCUACAUGGACUCGAUGAAUCUGGACUCGAGGCUGUUCGAGCGUUACACAGAAGUGGUGGCCGUGCUCCAUCCGAAUGCCAUCGACGGGCUGACCACGCCCGCCAAUUGGUGGGAGACGCCCGUGGGCAAGCUGAAAAAGGCCACCAUCAUCCGAUGCUAUCUGGUGCUGUACAACGACAAGCUGCCCAACCCACUCAAGUGGCUGACGCCCAUCAUCGAUGCCUACGAGAAGCGCACGGAGGAGCGGUCGUUCUUCUAUCGCCACUUGGCUGCCACUCUGUAUGCCUUUGGGAGCGACGAGCAUGCCUGCAACUGGAUCAUGGAAAUAUUCCUGGAGAUCCAGAUGCUGCUGGCCGAGGCCUCAAACAAGGAGAAGGUGAACAGGGCUCUCUAUCUGCUGGACAUUUUCAUUUUGGCCGUGGAUGUGCUCUCCGGCUGUGCCGUGCUGCUGGGCAGUGUCGAUGUGGUGGCCACAGACGAUAAGCAGCGACUCAUUCUCUUUCCCGAGAGCCUGCAGUAUCUGUGCGAUCACAUAUUCUGGAAGGAUCAUGAAGCAAAGAUCUAUGAAUUCCUGUUUAAUCUAUACAAGCACAGUUCGAUGCCUUCGGACUAUGCUGACGUCUUCAAGGAGGCAAUCAUUUGCUCCCGGAACAAGCCGUACUUCGACCACAAAGGGGUCUGGACCAAAUACGUAGGACUGCGUAAAUGAACACGACGAACACGCCGCAUUUAAUACUCUACCCCACGCCUAAAGUGCACUUAAUGGUUAACGAUCACCGAAUACCGUCAAUGUUAGUCAACUUUUGAUAGCAAACGCAUUCUUUGUUAUUUCUAUGUGUUUAAAGUAUAUUAAAUGCAUUUUUGCGCAC